AUGAGAAUGAUCAAAGCCGCCAUGGAUCUCGGUUGCUUGGAUUUGGGAUGUCUUUCAGUCUCUGAAAAGAAAAGCGGCGUCGGAGUUGCCGAUCCUCUUGAUUUUUCGUCCUCCGCAUCGAAAUCUGGGCAGAACAAAUCACCGAGAGAGACAUCAGCUCUUAGAAAAUCACAAUCAAAGAGGUCCGCUCAACGUAAAACCUCACCUCUUGGCUGGUUUCCUCGCAGAAAGGGGGAUUCAUACUUGAAUAGGAAGAUAAAGAAACUGCAGGAGGUUGGUGGAAUGAACCAGACUCUUGAUGAGACUCUUGGCGACUCAAAUCCACACUACUGCAAAAUCGUAAGAGAACAAAUGGCUGUGAGAGAAGCUGCAGGCAAGGCCAUGGAGCUUCGAAAAGCUGCUCUGGUUGAAGCAUCUUGGUGUAGAAUACUUCGAGCUGCUAGGAUCCCGAGUUUAGAAGCAGAAGCUUUGAUGGAGAAUGCAGAAAAAUCUGCAGUGGAAGCUUUUGAAGCGGCGUCUGCGUUGGGAGUGGUAAUGCAUGAUAAACCAAAUAGCUCAAGGAAGCAAUAUCGAAUUAAAACAUCAGGGACACAUGAAGGAGGAUCUCCUACUCAUACCGUUACUGCAUCUUUUGAAACUGCAUUUGAUGUGGAUAAAGAAGUAGCAGCUGCUGUUAAAACUGCAUUCGCUAAGCUUGCAAAUUGCCCCUCUCUCAGUAAAGCCGAGAUUAAAGAUCUUCUCAGGAAAAUCAGCGAGCAUCCUGAUCUGCGUGAUCAUCAUGAAAUCACUGAGAUGUCUUCAGAGUGUGACACAGAGUCCGAUUCUGAACCCGGCACUCUACACAAGGUUGAUGAAGAAGUGGCUAAAUGUGAGGAGACUUCGUAUUUCAAAACGAGUCAGCUAAAAGUCAAGAGGAGGCAGUCGUUUGGGAAGUUUAGCAGGGAGAAGCUAGUGGAUAUGAUGCUUGAGAGGCUUCAGGGCUUACAUGAAGACCAACUUUCGAGUCUUGCCUCCAUAGUUGCAACUUGUGGUUUAAGCGAGGCCUUGGCUGAAGAUGGACACCAGAGGCUGCAGACCACAAAUGCCGAACCAACUGUGUCAGAUCAUGGGAGUUUUUCUACAAUGGAUACAAAAUCGAGAAGAGAUUCUAAAUUUGGAUCCUUAAUGGAAGGAAAAACAGCAAAGGAUGGUAAAGAGACAGAGAUUCCGAGUUUGGACAAGUAUCUAGUAAAGCACAUGACCAAACUUGAAAGAGAAGUCAAUGAAGCCAGAAGAGCUUCAAAUGACGUAUCUGACAAAGACAGAAAGGUUCGUCAAGGUGCUGUUGCAACUGAUACAGUUCCAGAUUUGGGAAGCAUCCUUGUGAAACAUUCAUCCAGGCUUGAAAAAGAGAUCGAAGAAGCCAAGAAGAACGCGGGAGUGAAUCCUGGGACGUACGAAAAGAAAUCAAGCAGAAACAAAACGACAUUGGAUCCUAUUCCUGACUUGGAAAGUCUGCUAGUGAAAAAGCAUGUUUCAAGAUUGAAGAAGGAUGUCGAAGAAACUAUAAGGAACUGCGGAAACAUGUAUGAGAACGUGAAGAAACCGGGAAAACAAGAUACUGGAGCAGCUAGUGGUGUCCCUGAAGUUCCCAGCCUGGAGAGUUGUAUGGUAAAACAUGUCUCCAAACUAGAGAAAGAAGUCCAAGAAGCUAAGAAGAGAUGCAAAGAAGAACUUGAAGCAAGAAAUUCUAAAACAGUUGAGGAAAGUUCUUGUUUGGUGAGGGAAGAACCGGUAAACGAAAACGCAGACUUGAACAAGAAAGUUGAGUGUCAAGAAGAAAGCCUAGACAAGAUCUUGGUCAAGCCAGUGCACAGGCUGGAAAAAGAGAAAAUUGCGUCAGAAGCAGUUUACGGAAACCGGAUGAUCCAACAGAGAAAACAAGCAGCAAAAAGCGAGUCGGAUUAUGAGAGUUUGGACAAAAUUCUGGUGAAACAUGUUCCAAAGCUAGAGAAAGAGAAGCUGAGGUUCAAAGCAGAUAAGGAAGUGACCAAAACAGAAGUAGAAGAGAAGGAGAACAACAAUGAAAACCAUAACCAGGAACCUGAAACCAUGAAGGUGGCAAAACCGGUUCUGACCAAACGGCAAGUGAGGGAUAGAGAAAUACAAGAAACUUGGGGUGGUUUAGGACUUGGGGAGACGAAGAACAUUAACCAGAAGAGAACUGAUAUCAAGAAAACAGAAGCUACUGAGCAUCUGGGAGAAGAGACGAGACCGAUUCAAACUAGACGACAAGCGAGGGACAAAGAAAUGCUAGAAGCUUGGGGUGGUUUAGGACUUGGUGACUCAGGCCUGUACCAAACGGUUAAUAAGCAUAAAAGGAAACCUGAAAGCGAGAAGGUAGAGACACCGACACCAUUUUUAACCAGAAGACAAGCAAGGGACAGAGAAAUGCAAGAAGCUUGGGGUGGCUUAGGCCUCGGGAACUCUAUUCGACCGAGUCUGUCAAAACUUGAGAGAGAAAAGGCUGCGUGGAUCAAGGCCGAGGAAGAAGAAAUGACUCAAGCUUGCAACAAAACAAGUUGUGCUAAAAGAGGAGAGGGCGUAAAAGAGCAGACGGUGGCGCACCCCAAAAAAACAAUGGGUGAGAACCCAUGGCAGCCUCUUCUUCAGACCUUCGAGAAACUAUCAAACUGCGUACAAACUCACCUCUCCAAUUUCGUCGGCGUUAAAAUUACUCAUCCGUCGUCAUCCACAAUCCAAAACCCUAUCUCAUUAGACUCUUCCCCACUAAUCGCAACCAAUAAUUCCACUCUUCAGAAACUUCCUCUCAAGGACAAGCCUACAGGUCCUGUGACUAAAGAGGAGCUCGGGAGAGCUACUUGGACAUUUCUGCACACUCUUGGUGCGCAGUAUCCAGAAAAACCAACAAGGCAGCAAAAGAAGGAUGUCAAAGAACUGAUGGCGAUACUUUCUCGAAUGUACCCUUGUAGAGACUGUGCAGAUCACUUCAAAGAAAUCCUAAGAUCGAAUCCCGCGCAAGCUGGAUCUCAGGAGGAGUUCUCGCAGUGGCUUUGCCAUGUACACAACACCGUAAAUAGAAGUUUGGGAAAAUUGGUGUUCCCUUGCGAGAGAGUGGAUGCAAGAUGGGGCAAGUUAGAGUGCGAACAGAAAAGUUGUGAUCUCCAUCGAACUUCUAUCGACUUUUAGACGUUACUAUAUUGUACUAAUUUCAUUAACUACUUUUUUAUGAAAAUAAUGUAUGAAAGUUAAUUCCAACAAAAUAAAAAUUAGGUAUGUGUAGUGAUCUGCAUGCAAUCCUUUUCCAGGAAGUUUGAAAAAAAUGGUAGCUAGUGGGGUUCAACCGAUAAUUUUAUAG